AUGCGUGCACAAGCCUGCCACAAUGCGCCCAAGGGCAAGGGCAACAAGGCAAAGGCUGUAUCCAGGAAAUCAGGCUCUGGAAAUGCUUCGUUCCCUACAUCCGCCAGCACCAACGCAAAGACACGACACAAGGGCAAGGGCAGAGACAAUAACUCAAAGGUCCAACCGAAGGAGGUGAAGGCCCAGGAAAACACAAAGACUUCAAAGGGAAAGAAGGGCAAGAAUAAGAAGGAGAAGAAGGAGAAGGCCAAGGACAAGGCAGAGUCGAAGAAGAUCAAGAAUCAACACAAGGCUGACAAAAAGAAGAAGAAGGAGCUCCAGGACAAGCGCAAGGCGGACCAGAAGAAGCAGAACGAGUUGCAGCAGCAAAAGAAGCGGGAGGCCGAUCAGAAGAAGGCGCUGGAUCUCGAAAAGAAGGCCGAGGAUUGGAAACAAGGUCAGCUUGAUCAAGGAAAGAAGAAGCCACAACAACAGCCAAAGCAGUCCAAUCCCCUCGCCUUCAAGCCCGUCAACGGCGGUGUCCACAAGCAAAAGAAGUCCAAAAAGGCUAAGCAAGAAGCCCGAGCCGCCAACAAUGAAAACACCACUCCAGAACCAGAAUCAAGCUUAAAGGUAGAGGGCAACUUCAAGCCAGAAUUUAGCUCCGAGCCCGAGAUCGACUUGUCGGAUUACACCUCCUCGCCAACCCUCGAAGAACUCCAAUCCAUCCCUGGCAAGCACCGAGCCAAAUACCAAGCAUACUGGGAUGAACGCAAGAGACUGGCUGUCAAUAUGAAGGACCUUGUUGAGAAGCUGAAGACGCUUUCUGAGCGGGACGCACACCUGGACGCUAGACUCGCUGAUAUGCGGCAGGGCCAAUCUUCCUUCUAG